AGUGACGAAUCCUUCCGACGGUCUCUCUGAUAUUCCCCUGGCGUCUGCGGUAGCAUCCUUUGAAGAACUCGAGUCGAACAUGAUAUCGUGCUCCUCAAGACUUGCGGAUUUAUAUUUGGGAUCCACAUGGGUUACGAUAGGCGGGCUUCGAGAGCAAUGAGCUGGGCUGGCUUUGAUUUUUACACGGUGUCGCAAUGGGGCGUUUGUUUUCUUGCUGCAUGGAUUGGUCGUGGGCCUCCGUUGCAUCACUCAGAUAUCCGGAUAAUGAUGCUAUCUGUCUUUUUAUGUUGUACCCGCUGUCGUGGAAGGCUUCUGCAGCACCAGCGAUGGUACUCGUGUAUCAUACAUGAUAACUUGAAUGAAAAAAAAUCCCUAAAACGGGGGAAACUCGAUCGAGGUCUCUCCCGGGAAAAUGAGCUCUUGUCUCUGUGCAUUGUUUACUAAAUCACGUAUUCAUCUGUGGAAAAGUUAUUCAGUUCACCCUCAUUUGAACUCGCCAGUAUGGAGUAGAGGAUUUUUAACCUAACUUGGCCAGGGCUCAGGAGGUAUAACCUGGCAGGAUAUGUAUGGGAUAGAGAAAAUGAUCAAAUAGCUAUCUAUAGUCGUUCCUUUUC